GGGCUACCUCGACGAUGUCACUCUUGCUGGUACGGUUUCGAAAGUAAUUGCCGCUAUACAACGCAUUGAAGAAAGGGGAAUUGCGAUGGGGCUGGAGCUGAAUUUUAGCAAGUGUGAGUUUUAUGUCCUAAACCCAUCAGCGAAAGCGGGUAAACAACUACUGGAACUAUGGCCCGACAUGGUACGGUUAAGUGAUGAUAACUUUUCUCUACUCGGCGCGGCUCUUAAGCCGGCCGGCUGCGAGAAAUUUCUAACUGAAAAGAAAGAACAGCUGAGCAAGUUUGUACAGCGACUCUCGAAACUGCCAUCCCACUACAGCCUUUUUCUGCUAAAAAACUGUCUCAGUAUACCGAAAGUUUUAUUCGGCUUACGGACUUCCCGAUGCUACGAAUUCCCGGCACUACUCCGAGAUUACGAUGAAUUGCUACGUAAGGGCGUGCAGCAGUUAUCUAAUGUGAGCAUAUCCGAAGCUCAGUGGAUGCAGAUGGCAUUACCGGUUCGGCGUGGUGGACUGGGAACGCGACGCAUUGAGUCACUAGCUGUGUGUGCCUUUCUGGCAUCGGUGUACUCUGUGCAGUCUCUUGUUUCUAGGUUUUACACGCCGGCUGGCGAGUGUCUGACGCAAUCGGCUUUAGAGUGCUGGCUAACGAACACCAAAUGUAUGCUGCCAGAAGAAUGCGAACGAAGGUGUCAGUAUGUUUGGGACACGCCGAUGAUUGACCGAGAUGUGUCGACGCUAAUGUUGUCAACGGUCGGCGAUGAGCGUAGGAGAGCAGUGCUAUUAGCAGCGUUCAGUAGAGAUUCAGGAGCAUGGUUAAACGCGCUGCCGGCGCCAUGUCUUGGGACAUUUUUACGAGAUGAAGAAGUAAGAACUGGAGUGGCCUUGCGUUUUGGCUUACCAGCAGUUAUUGCACAUAACUGCGUCGCCUGUGGAAAAGCUGUAGAAAUAAACGGCCAUCAUGGACUCUCCUGCAAUAAAUCAACAAAAGGACGCUGGGCGCGACACAGAGAAAUGAACAGCAUCGCUAAAAGUUGCUGCGAAAGUUCAGGUUUUCCGUGUCAGUUGGAACCUGUGGGCUUAUCAAACGACGGGACAAGACCUGAUGGUAUGACGCUGAUUCCUGUCCGGCAAGGAAUGCCAAUAGUGUGGGAUGCGACAAGUUGGUGCACUGUGGCCGAUUCUCAUGUCCACGGGAGCUCGAAGAAGGCUGGCAGUGUGGCCCACCUAGCAGAAAGCGCGAAGCGACGGAAGUACGCAAGUUUAGAAAACCGAUACUCCUUCUAUCCUUUAGUGGUUGAAACGUUUGGCGUUUUCGGUCCAGCUUUAAGCGAAUUGUUGCACUUUAUGGGCCGAAAAAUUCCUCAAACGAUAGAUCUCGACGAGUACUUCAACAAGGACUCACCGUGA